CUUACCGAAAUAGCAGCAUAUACUUCUGCAGUAGUUUCAGAAGCAUACCAAAUAUUUGAUAAAGCCUUAAGGGCAGAUUUAAAUGAUGAUGAGUUGAGUGAUAGUGAACUUGAAGAUAAUAAUAAAUCUACAAUCAAUAAAAUUAAAAUCAAUAAUAUUAAUAAAAAUAAUGGUCAUAACAUACAUCAUAAACAUAACAGAAAAGUUUCUUGCUCUUGGUCAGUUAAUGAAGAAGAUGAACCACCACCACCUUAUGAUAGUUCUUGGACUAUACCUGCAACAUCAACAGACAAAAUUUCAACAUCACCCAAAAAAAAAUCAUUUUCAACUCCUAAAAAUGAAGAUCAAUCAAAAGGUACUUCUUCUAUCCCUGCUACACCAACACAUCGUAGGCAAAUUCGUGUACGUCGUGGUCGACGAUUAUUUAGACGAAGAGCUUCUUCUAAUGAACUUAAAAGCAAACAGAGAACGAAUGAUGGAGACAGUGAAUGCACAAACCAAGAUGAAUUGUUACUUAGAAUUAACCAAAAAUUGUCAGAUAUGAUAGCUCAAGGUAAAGCAGCAUUGACCAGUACUGUUGAGGUAACUGAAGUUGAAAUGAUGCUCAUAGAAGAAAGAGAACGUGAAGAAAGAAUAAUGAGGGAACUUGGACUUCAAACACCUGUUGGACGUCAUAACAGAAGAUUUACUAAUUCAUCAUCUUCGGGCUAUGGCUCUUUGUCUGAUUCUAGCAGUUAUUCUGCAUCAGAAACAUCUUAUUGUGAAUAUGGUUAUGGUUCUAAUAAUAGGUUUGCCUCAUCAACAGGAUAUGAUCCUCCCUUAAGAUAUGGGUCAACAGCUCAUUAUAAUUCAUCCAUAACUUAUGGUUCACCUGGAAUAUAUUCUUCAUCUGUAGGCUAUAACAAUAAUUAUAACAUGUUAGGCAGUAAAUCUUCGAAUGAAUUUUCCAGUCCAAUCCCAAGUAGAUACCAUGAAAUACCACCAUCACAAAUACAGUCAAUACAAUCAAUCCCACAAUUUGCUUAUAAUAAUUUGAUUCCAAAUAGAUAUAACGUUGCUUUAUCAACUGGUUAUGCUAACUCGCCAUUACCAUUGCCAUCACAAUCAGCACCAUCAUCAUCAAUGGGAAAUUUUGUUCAUAACCAAGUAGGAGGAGAUUUUGGAUUGAGUUCCGGUCGCUUUAUGAAUAGAUAUAGAGCAAAUUCCCAAUAUGGUUCUGAUUUCUUUGGAUUAAAAGAGAAUCGUUUAUUAGUUCCUGCUAGAUUUACUGGAUAUCCACAAUGUCGUGUUGAUGUUAUUAAAAAUCAAGAAAGAUAUGAUGCAUCAUUAUCAUUUAUGAUAAUUGUUACAUUAAUAUCAAGUUACUACUCAUACAAAUGGGUAAACAAUCAAAAUAUAACAGACAAAAAAAUACAUCACAUAUUUGUAUCAAGAGAAUGGAGUGGUAAGAUCUCUUCAUAUUGGUUUUAUGGAAUAGUUGGUGGCUAUACUUUCCUUGUCGAUGUUAUAAAUAUUAGCUUGUCAUGGCCUUAUGAUGCUAUAUGGUUUAAAUGUGAAUAUGUCAGGGAACAAACAUCAGCUCAACUACCAAUUAUAGAUGAUGAGGAUAUGAAUAUGGAAAAUUCAUCAUCAAAAAUGAGGAAAAUUCAAUUGCAUCAAAAAUAA